AUGCGACUGAAGCGGCGGAUAACGGGCACAGAGAGAGACGCACCGGGGACAGGAGAGCAGGAGGAGCGGACUCACGGAGGCAGGAGCAGAUCCAAAGACAUGUGUGUUCUCCAAAGAGGAUUUGUGAAUGCGCUUUUUACCUGGGAGCGUCUGGGAGGGUCAGGCGGUGCGUCGGGCGGUCAGGCUGAGGCGUGUGCCCGGGUCAUGGCUCCAAGAGGAUGGAUGGAUGUGCGGAUGGAGAUGAGGAGGAGGAGGAGGCGGCGGCGGCGGAGGAGAGACGCUUUGAAGUGUAAAAUCUGA